AUGUCUGUCGUCGCGGUCGCUGGCGGCACGGGUGACUUUGGGCAGCUCAUUGUGCAAGCCCUCAUCGCGACGGGUCGCCACCAAGUCUACAUUCUCUCCCGAACGGCGAAAAAUAACGACAACUUUUCUGCCACCGUGAUACCGACCUCAUACGACUGCGUCCCGGCCCUCACCGAGCUCCUCACCUUCCAUGGCGUCAAUGUUGUCAUCUGCGCAUUCAGCAUGUUUGCGCAAAGCACGUCCGACGCACAAGUCAAUUUGAUUCACGCGGCGGACAAGGCGCCCUGCACGACGCGCUUCCUUCCGUCCGAGUUCAAUGUCGACUACGACCUCCCGGGCAGCCUGCUCCCCUAUGCGGACAAGUACUUCCACCGCGAUGCACGCCGCACCCUCGAGCAGGACACCUCGACGCUGGAGUUUGCGUAUGUAUACACCGGCAUGUUUAUGGACUAUUUCGGCAUGCCGCACGUUGAAACGCAUCUGCGCGAGCUGCCGCUCUUCAUCGACCCGCGCGGCCGGCGGGCCAUUCUGCCCGGCGACGGCACGGCCCGCAUGAGCAUGUCGUACACCAAGGACGCUGCAAGAUACGUAGCGCUCGCUCUGGAUCUGAAGCCCGGGACGUGGAGCGGAAGCCUCACCACGGCGGCGAGCACCGUCUCGCUCAACGAACUCGUUCGAAUUGCCGAGAAGCACAUCGGGGCGGCCGUGCAGGUCACCUACCAGGGCACAGAGCAGCUCCUGCGACACAAAAACGCCACGCUACCUCGCGCAGAAGCAUUGGCCGAGGAGUUUCCGCAACGUUAUCCCCGCGGCCUGGAGCAGGUACGGAGUGUGAUUGCGGAUCUGGAGGUUUCGGUGGCGCUGGGGGCAUUUGAUCUGGAUGUGAUGGCGGGCAGCGAUACGAUGGAUCUGACGGCAGAGUUCCGCAAUAUGACUGAGCCACCGAUGACCAUUGAGCGACUCAUGGAAACUGCAUGGGGGGGUAUUUGA